UGUUUAUCGCGCCAUUUUGCUUUUGCGCGAUUGCCAGCUCUCUUCGAUGAUGAUGUCGAACUCAACUCCAAAACUUUAGAGGUAAUUUCCAUAGAGGCUUCUUCCUUCGUGGCCAACCGCGCUGCAGACUCUUAUCUCGCCGUGGGAGUAAGAUAAGAUCAAACUUCUCAUUGAGUUUCCUCGACACGAGUGACUCUUCUGGUCAGCAGUUCUAGCUCCUGUUACCGAGGCAAACAGUUAUUAUUGAAAGCCAAAUUCUAUAAGAUGCAGUGGGCCUCAUCCAGCCACCCAUGUGCUGCCCGAUCACUCAUCUUUUCAUCAAUUCCUUGGAUCAAAGGAUACACACUAUCAUGGGUGUUCUUUCCGCUACGGCCAUAUCUUAUAAGCCAAGUUGCUGGGCUUCGCAGCAGACACAGGAUCAGCAUACACUUUUAUGCACAGUAUGGCCUCAGUAUCUUAGUCUGCAGGAGGCAUGCGACAUUAUCAAACAAUUCGACGGUGAGGGGUGGCUCAAGGAUCAACAGGUCCUUUGGAGCGGUACCAACCCAGAUGACGUUCACAGAAUAGCCAAAAAAGAUGGAAUGCAGACUUUGCGAGUUGCUAUGGGGCCACUCAUGGAACCAGAUAAUCCGGCAUGCCUCAAAUCCCAGAAAUCCCUCAAGGCGUGGAGCAAGUACAUAAAGGGCGCAUCUCUCAUAUUUGCGUGGCGCAUAUCCCAGGGGGAAGUUGCGACAAUCAUAACACCUCCACCGCCUGGUUGUUUCCAUCCGUCAGAAAUGACAAACCUUCAGGAUAUUGAGCUCCCGGUUAUCCGAGGCUGCUUAGGAAAUCGACCCGUCAGUCGGAUUUUCCUGUGGCACCCUACCGUUAAAGGAGCAGAAUCUUUUCGAUAUCAGAUCUGGCCGGUUGAUCAUACCUCUUCUUGGUACGACAAGUUCGAACCCAAGGGACAGAGGAAAAGUACAUGGAGGACGAUAAGCAAGCACAGAGUAUCGACGAAAUGGGCAGUAAAAACAAAAGUUGACCACGUCAUUGUGUCAGAGAUAUCUGCACUGCUCAAACGAACAUAUUUGAAAGCGGCCAGAAUCCUCGUCAACGUUUGCUAUGAAUUAACUCUUGUGGUCAAGCUUGCUGCACACUGUAUACUUCUCCUUGUCAUGAUGUUCCAACUGCUCGUCCACAUUCUUGUCCGUGAUGAAACAGAUUUGCAUAAGUCUGGAAAAGUCACUUAUCAACCUUUUAUUUCUGAUUACAACCAUGGAGCAAAGACCGCAAACAGUGGUGGGUCUCCAGAAGUUAACCAACAGACUGGAAAUCAAGAUUUUGAAGAUGGCAAAGUUGAGCAACCUCCGUUGCGUCUGAAAGCCGCCGGCGCUCCCAUUACUCCGGGCCCAGAUAAUUGCCUGACACAAGAGAAGUCUGCUAUAGCUGGAAAAGUCAACACGGCUAUUAUGGUGCCUGCGGAGUUAACAGCCCCAACCCAGCGUGAUGGUUUUUUGUCGACAGAAGAAUGCCAGGCUGAAGCAAAGAGACUGAGAAAGCAGCUAAAGGAACUAAAGGCGUACAUAAGGAAAGAAAAUAAGGAUGCGGGGAAUAUGUCUAUUGCGGCAAGUCAUUCGGCUGUUGGAUCAUAG